AUCGCAACCGCACAUCACAAGCUACAUUCAUUUGACAAAGUUAUUUAUUAUUCAUCAUAUUCAGUAAUAUAUAAUCAUAUAGCGCACAGAUCGGCAAAAAAUAACUGCUACAAGUUUACCUUCGUAACUCUUACUCAAUGGAAAACGAAGGUCGUCGUAAGAAACUCGAGUAUUCUUGGAUACCAAAUCAUAUACUGAUACCAGUUGAUUCUUAAUAUUAUACCACUGAAUUUAACUUUUGAGUGCAUACGUAUUGAUGAUUAGAACAUGAAUCCCAUAAAGUCAGCAAAAUCCUUGACAUUGACACUUUCAUUAAACUAAAUAAACUGACAGCCGGUGAAGUGUCCAUACUUAUUUUAUAAUACAAAUACGCAUCGUAUUUGUUAGUAGAUCAAUUUUUGUACUUAAACUAAGUUCAACAGCGACAAUAAAAUGGGGGUGGUUUUGUUAACUUUCCAAAUGUUCUUUUUUACUUUGGUGCUGGUGCUGUUUAUCAUGCUUGUGCCAGGAAUACCUCCGCAUUACAAAUUUGAGGCCUACUCACUUAGACCUCCACGAAAAAUGGAAGGGAAAUUGACACCAAAUGAUAUUUUGGACCGAGCGGAACUCGUGGUUGAAGGGAAGUUUAUAGGACCUGAGUCGGUGGCAGUCUUGGGAGAUUUUGUCUACACAGGAGUUCAUGGAGGAGGCAUUAUCAGGGUUGAUGCUAAAGGCGACUGGAAAAAAGUGGCUCAAAUUGAAGGGGAAUGUGAUGAUAAUUGGAAAUCGCCUUGUCCCAGACCAUUGGGGUUGAGAUUUGCCAAAGAUGGAAAGCUGAUUGUUGCUGAUGGAUAUAAGGGUCUCGUAGAAGUUGAUGUCAAUUCGGGAGCAAAUAAGGUUAUUUUGCCGUUCGGAACAAUAAUGGAUUAUGAUCAACUUCCGAUAAAUUUUGUGGACGACUUGGAUAUUGACCGCGACGGGGUCAUUUACUUUUCUGAUGCAAGCCAAGUUUCCACCAUGGGAAAUAUUUUUCCCGAAGCCUUUGGCGAACCGACUGGUCGUUUGAUAAAGUUUGACCCAAAAACCAAAAAGACUGAAGUCUUAAUUAACAGACUACAUUUCGCUAAUGGUGUUCAAUUAUCGAGGAAAGAGGAUUUUGUAGUCGUUUGCGAAUCUGUCAGAUCUCGGGUCUGGAAGUACCAUCUUCAAGGGCCCAAAAAAGGAACAAAAGAAGUGUUUAUUGAGGGUCUCCCAGGAAUAUGUGACAAUAUCAGGUCCAAUGGAAAAGGGGGAUUUUAUAUCAGUUUGGUUACACCAGAUAAUGAAGAAACUCCAAAUUCUAUGCGACAAUUCAUGGCUAUUCCUGCAGUAAAGAAGUUGAUCCUCCGUGUACAAUAUCUGCUACGGGCAUCGCUUGAGCUCAUUGACAGCUAUUUUUCAAACCCAUUAACAAAAAUUGCACACAGCUACGUAUGUCAUUUGGGACCGUUUGGUGAUACGAAAUACAUGCCAUCAAAAGUUAUCAUUGUGGACAUUGAAGAAUCCGGCAACAUUUUAGGAAGCUUGCAGACUAAAAAUGGUCAAAUGGCCUUCAUCAGCGAAAUUGGGCUGGGUGGAAAAUUUACAUACUUUGGAAGCCCAUACACUGACAAGUUAUGGCGAAUUAAGACUGAAUAUCUUGUCUAGAAAAUAAAGUUAAUUCUGAAUCAUGCAA